AUGGCCCUUGCGCCAACGGAGACGGAACCUCAGCCCCCCUCCACGGAGGAGCAGCCGCAGACUGGGCGAAAGCGGCCACGACUCGAUAUGGCCGUCGCGCCGCGAGAGCGCAAACGCGGCAAGACGAUGUUCGGGCUCGUGCUGGGGACGCUGAACAAGGCGAAGAACGAGGACAAGGAGCGGAAUGCGAGCGAGGCGGCGAAGAAAAGGCAACUGAUCGAGCAAAGGUUACAGUCUAAGCUCCAGAAAGAGACUGACACUGUCAGACGCGCAGAGGAAGCAAAGAAGGACAAGACGAGUGCGAACCGCAAGGAGGAGGAGCUCCAGCUGAGAGACUCCAUCCAUAAACUACGGCGAACACGUUUCCCAGUGCUGGCGAACUUCCUGCUCACGUCAGACGUUGUCCUGGCCAAACCUGACCCGGAUGCACCGGCAGCAGCUCGACCGCCACCCCGGUCGCGACCUCCACCUAUCUACUACCUACCUGCGAAACUGCUUCCCUCACAAGAGACAUUCCUGCUGAAGCGCAAGGAAGAGAUACAAGCUGCGGCGGAACUGGAAUGGUCGGUAUUCAAAGAGGAGCGCACGGCGGGCAUUGAGGAUAUCAAUCGUUUGCGUGAACGCGUGGCAGAGGAGGAGACACGGCAGAAGGCCAGCAAAGGGGAUGAUGGCACGCAUGAAGACACUGCGAUGGCGGUCGAGGAUGAAGGCGAAGAUAAGAAGCCUUCGGCGGACGACAAUCAAAAGCAAAAUGGAAACUCGGAGGUGAAGAUGGAUACGGAUGAGGGGAUGGCGAAGGAGGAGAAGACGGCGAAGACAGAGGACACGCCUGCUCCAGAAGCUGGAGACGGCGACGACGCGCUCGAGUUCUGA